GGAAAAAUCUCGCGUCAGCUUUUAGAUGCAGCGAAUCUUCCUCCGACCACUCAGCCGUUUUAUAUAAAAUGAGAAGCAACAGCAGCACUAGCAGCAGCAACAGUCAAAGAAAGUUUUAAUACAAAAAAAUGGCAGCAACAGCAGCAAGUAGAUUCGCAUGCAAACCACUGAAAUUCCAUCAAAUUCCAUCUUCAUCUCCUACCACAACUACUGAUCGUUGGUCACUCAAGUUUAAACGAAUGGCUGUGAUCGCCGGGAGACACAGAAUUCCCAGAAACAACGAAAAGAAGGCAACGGUGGUGACGAAGGCUUUGGUUUCGGAAAUCAUUAUCUCAGAGCCACAGAGGAAGGUCGAAGUAGACUUAGUUUCGUUUGCGACUCAUGUUGCAGAGGUAGCUCUCAAGAUUUUCAGACCAGCCAUUAAAAGGAAAUCUUGGCAGCUGAAGGCAGAAAUGUUCAUUGAAAGAGUCAUCAUGGACUCACAAAUCUUUACACUCAUUGCAGUCGCCGGGUCGUUGUUGGGCUCAUUCCUGUGUUUUGUUGAGGGUUCCUUCCAUAUUCUACAGACAUAUUUUCAUUAUUUUCAUAACAUGUCACAAAGAUCGGAUCAAGGCCAGACAGUGCGACUACUUAUCGAAGCCAUAGAUAUGUAUGUGGUGGGAACAGCCAUGCUUUUUAUUGGGAUGGGAUUGUAUGUUAUGUUUGUGAGCUCAAAAGACAUGAAGAGUGAAAGCGGAUGGUUGAUUCCUGGGUCCAACUUAUUUGGGCUCUUCCCUCUCAAUGGCCCACCAGCAUGGAUGGAGAUGCAGUCAGUAUCGCAGGCCAAGUUAAAGAUUGGGCAGUCGGUGGUGAUGAUACUUCAGACGGGGUUGCUGGAGAAGUUCAAGAACGUGCCCAUGGCGACUGGGCUGGACCUUCUAUGCUUUGCUGGGACCGUACUGCUCUCAUCUGCUUGUGUUUUCUUUCUAUCAACACUUUCAGUGGAGGGAAGGAAAUGUGAAGAUAGAUAGCCAAGAGAACCGAGUCCAGCAAGGCUUUUGGGUCCUGCCUGACCAGCCCACGGUUCAGUCCUGGGUCUGAUUUUGAGGCUCUUUUGAUUAGGUAGGGAAUUGGUGGGCUUGGGCUGGAUAUUGAAGGCCACAUUACUAAAUAGCAUCACUUUGUAUAGCUAUAUAAUUCUUUUGCAGUAUGUAGUUAAAAUUCUUUCCACACAAAAAAACGAGAGAGAGAGAGAGAGAGAGAGAGAG